UUGUAUCAGUGCUCGCUUGCCCCGCCCUGAGAAGAUGUGGCUCAAGGGCUUCCUGGAGGGUCACCCGAUGCUUAGCCCAGUGCUUUCAGUAUUCCUGUUGGUGCUGCUGCUGUUAGGACCUUCACAGACCAAACCAGGCGUCUUUGGUGCUUCCACUGCACCAAGCACCCCCAGAACCCUCACCAGGCCCGACAGCACCUCCAGCAUCUCAACCAAUGCCGGCAACGCCAGUUUUCUAGACCUGAGAGAUCGUGCGAGAGCCCUGAUGCAAGACUUCCCCCUUGUAGACGGCCACAAUGACCUGCCUCUUGUCCUGAGGCAAUUUUACCCAAAUGGUCUACAGGAUGCCAACCUGAGAAACUUCACCUAUGGCCAUACCAGCCUGAAUAGGCUUAGAGAUGGCUUUGUGGGAGCCCAGUUCUGGUCCGCUUACGUACCGUGUCAGACCCAGGACCGGGAUGCCUUGCGCCUCACUCUGGAGCAGAUUGACCUCAUCCACAGUAUGUGUGCCUCUUAUCCUGAGCUGGAGCUCGUGACCUCAGUUAAAGCUCUGAACAGCACCUGGAAAGUGGCCUGCCUCAUUGGUGUGGAGGGUGGCCACUCGAUAGAUAACAGCCUCUCUGUGCUUCGAAGUUUCUACCAGCUGGGGGUGCGCUACCUGACCCUCACACACACCUGCAACACACCCUGGGCAGAGAGCUCAUCUAAGGAUGUCCACUCAUUCUACAGCAGUGUCAAAGGACUGACCAGCUUUGGUGAAAAGGUGGUAGCAGAAAUGAAUCGCUUGGGUAUGAUGGUUGAUUUGUCCCAUGUCUCGGAUGCUACUGCACAGCGGGCCUUAGAAGUGUCCCAGGCACCUGUGAUCUUCUCUCACUCGGCUGCCAGGGGUGUGUGCAGAAAUGCUCGGAAUCUUCCUGAUGACAUCCUGCGGCUUCUGAAGAAGAAUGGUGGCAUUGUGAUGGUGACAUUCUCUGUAGGGGUACUGCAGUGCAGCCCCUUAGCCAAUGCAUCCACUGUGGCAGAUCACUUUGACCACAUCAAGGCAGUCAUUGGAUCUGAGUUCAUCGGGAUUGGUGGGGAUUAUGAUGGAACUGCACAGUUCCCUCAGGGGCUGGAGGACGUGUCUACAUACCCAGUCCUCAUAGAGGAGUUGCUGAGACGGGGCUGGAGUGAGCAGGAGCUUCAAGGUGUCCUUCGAGGAAACCUGCUGAGGGUCUUCAGACAGGUGGAACAGGUACGGGAGAAAAACAGAUGGCAAAGUCCCCUGGAAGACAUGAUUCCAGAGGAGCAGCUGAACAGUGCUUGUCAUUCAGUCUUGCCACGUCGACAUCAGAAACAAUCAGAGAUCCCAACAUAUCAUACACUCAAGUUAUCAUCUGGGUGGUCACACUCAAAAUCUUCUCCCCACAUAGUCCCAAGCCUCACCAUUGUUGCAACCUUUUUAGGCCUUAUAGUAUGACUGUGAUGGUUCAUGCCAUUCUCCCAGAUAUAAUUCUUGUACCCUCGGACCCCCUUCA